AUGAAAGAAUCGAAAUCAGCCAAGUUGAAUCAGCAGCAACAGCAGGAUAAUCAUCAGAGCGUUCACUUGUCUUCAUCGAAACUGGCGAAUUUGUUCGAUCCCGAUGCUUAUUGGGACAAGGUAACUACCCACUGUCUUCUUUUCUCCGUCGUUUUUCAGCAAUAUUCGAAGCUGCUUUGA